AUGACCUCCAGUAACUCUCCGGAGGCUGUGGCCGAUCCGGCCAGCUCCUCCGCCGCUGCCCCUUAUGGCACGCGAUCCAGAGGGCGCAACGCUCCUCGGCCUAAUUAUGCCGAAGAUCGGGAUCUGGAUAUGGAAUUUGAACCGGCUCCAUCUAAGGCCGCGAAACGCCAAAGUGGCGUUGCUCUUAACAACAUCGUCAAUGGCUCCAAGUCGGACACUGAGAAGAGCUCACCAACCCAACCACGGAAGAGUUUGAUCAAUGGCGCUGCCGCCAAUGCAAUCGCCAAGGAUCCUAAGGAGUCUAUCCCAGGCACUUCUUCAUUUUCGGCGCGUCCAGAAGAGGUCAAUGGCUCUACUUCGGUCAGAAAGCGCAAACAACCUGCCAGCACCCCAAACGCAGGUUCAACCGGAAAUGCCACGAAGAAGAUUUUCACUACCGCCCCGGGAGAUUCCGAGGGUGGUUAUUUUACCAACAUGGUCAGCUUUGAGAAUUCAGGGCAAUAUCUCAAAAAUGGUCAAUUAGUUGCUGACGAUGGCACCACAUUUGCCGUGAACGAUCACGUCUAUUUAAUCUGUGAACCUCCUGGUGAGCCUUACUACUUGGCUCGAAUUAUGGAGAUUCUGCCAUCCAAAACAAAGAAUGAUGGUUCGAUUGAAGCUUUAAGAGUCAACUGGUAUUACCGUCCUCGAGACAUUCAACGUCAUAGUCCAGACACUCGAUAUGUUUACGCGUCAAUGCAUUCUGACACCUGUCCACUUUCUUCUUUGCGUGGCAAAUGCGAGAUUCGCCAAGCCUCGGAAAUUGAAAACAUCAGUGCCUACAAGAAAAAGCGCGAUUGUUUCUGGUACGACAAGAUGUACGACAGAUACAUCCAUCGUUUGUACGACGUUAUCCCAACAAAAGAUGUGAUCAACGUGCCGGGAAAUGUCAAGAAAGUUCUCGAUGAACGCUGGAAGUACAUUUUGGUCGAAAUUGGCAAAGGAAAAGAAUUAACAGGCGCGGUCAAGACAUGCAAGCGAUGCCACUUGUUCGCUGCGAAUAAUGAGUCUGUGGAUUGUGCAGUUUGCCACUCGACUUAUCACAUGGGAUGUGUUCGACCUGCUUUGACGAAAAAGCCCGCCCGAGGAUUCGCAUGGGCCUGUGCCGCUUGUAGCCGUGCUCAGGAACGUAAGCUGGAAGCGCGCAACACCCCUCUCAUUGGCGAAGCUCGAACCGAAGGCGAGGAGGAGAUCGUGGAGGAAGAAGAGGAGGAGCAUCAUCAUGCUAAUGGGGUGGUGAACGGAACCGGGGUCAGCACUCCGGGAACACUCGAGGACUCGAUGCCGCAACCAGCUACAGAAGAACAAAUAGCGCAUGCGAAGAUGUGGCCUUACAGAUACCUGGGUAUUCACUGCCGACCAGAGGACGCCUUGGAUUACGAUGAUCGCAUUUAUCCUCGUGCAAGUUCUCGCCUUGGACCUCGACACCAAGCCAUCGUCAACCCAUGGCCAGGACGCACUGUUGAAUACGUCAAGCCUCUCGAAUUGAAAAAGAAGUCGGUUAAGAUAGCCGGUGGACGAAAUGUGAUGAAGCUGACCAAAGAAUCUCAAGCCGCGUUUGAUGCGGCCAAAAUCGAGCGUGCGAAUCGACCGAAAUGGGUACAGGAUGAGCCACCGGGUUACAUACCGCGUGGUGAAGAUGAGCCAGUUACUAUUGAUGGAAAGCAGGCACGCACCGCCGAGCUUGUAUUCAAAAUGCCGACAGCCGACCAGCUUCCCGCCCGUGGCGAAGAUGAUGCUCCAGGGGCCCAUCUCAGCAAUGAGGACCGAGAAGCGCUCAUCGAUGACUAUAUGCGUCAAGCCAAGGGACUCGCUUCCGAUAUUGGGGUAGAAAAGUAUUGCACCAAUUUCCUGGACAAGGCUAUCGAGCUUCUUUACUCCGAAAGCUUUAAUGUCGAGGCAGCUCUCGCCAAGCUCAAGAAGGUCAACAAGUACAAAGAUCUUAAUGAGCCUCAUUUCCGACCAGAGGAAUUGAAGGCAUUUGAGCAAGGGGUGGCUAAGUUUGGAUCGGAAUGGCGUAACAUUGCGAAGCAUGUUAAGACUGUUCAUAUUUACCACAUUGUUCGGUUUUACUACAUGUGGAAGAAGACACCUCGUGGAAGACAGAUAUGGGGUGCAUACGAAGGUCGACGUGGUAAAAAGGAGGUCCGACGACAGAGUGUUGUUUCAUCAAAACUCGUUGACGAUGUCGCUGAUGAUCAUGAUGACUCUGCUUUUGAUAAUGAAAAGGCGCUGAACCUGAAGCGUGGCUUCCAAUGCAAGUUCUGUUCGGCACGUCAUUCACGACAAUGGCGACGCGCUCCGUUGGUCGCACCCGGCACAACCGUUUUCUCCGACCCGUCAGCAAAGAAAGACAAAGGUCCUCUCUUGACCGUCGCGCUCUGUCUCCGAUGUUCAUUGUUAUGGCGAAAAUACGGUAUUCAGUACGAGGACGUUGAUGAACUCGGCAAGCGAAUCGCAACCACCGGUAACAAGUCUUGGAGACGUCGCAUUGAUGAGGAACUUCUCGUUCAGUUUAUUCUUGCCACCGAAACUCCGUUCACUAUUAACAGCACCACGGCGGCGACUGCAACCGCAAUGGGGAUUCCAGUGGAUAGCAACCCGAACUUGCAACACGAGACCAAGGGAGACCUGGCGAAGAAGAAGCAGAUCCGCUCUGAUGUGCCAAGUACAGCCACUUCGACAGCAGCAUCAUCGGUGGAGCCCAUGCCGACGACAACACCGGCUCCAGCUCCAGCCCCAGCAGUCGCACCAAAGAAGAAGGCCGCGCCAGAAAAGGUCCCCGAAGGUCCUCCAGUCGCUCCGGAUCCUCCCAGGGCGAAGACUUUACCAUGCGCUGUUUGCAAUAAGGUGGAACCUUCCGGAGAAGAGCAUCUGUCCUGUCGUGACUGUCGCUUGACUGUUCACCGUAACUGCUACGGUGUACAGAGUGCUCGCUUUGGAAAUAAGUGGUUGUGUGAUAUGUGUUCCAAUGACCGCAGUCCUUCAAUCUCAACUACCUACGAGUGUGUUCUUUGUCCUGUGACUUGGACUGAGCAUGAGCUCAUGGAGACGACUAAGAAUACUAGCCGCAAGAAGUCGGAGCGGGACAAGGAGAAAGAACGCUUGGAGAAGGAGAUGGUUGCGGAAGCUAUCAGACUAUAUCGUAUACGACAAGAGGCGGUUGGCAAGCCUGUUGGUCCACGGGAGGCUUUAAAGCGCACCGCUGGCAACAACUGGGCCCACGUGAUGUGUUCUCUUUGGACACCAGAGAUCAAGUAUGGUGAUGCGCACGAGCUUGAGCCCGCAGAGGGAUUCGGCUCAAUCCCCAAGGAUCGGUGGAGGGAUACCUGCAAGAUCUGCAAAUCUUCUCAUGGCGCAUGUGUCUCCUGCCACUCUACAGGAUGUAACGCGCACUUCCAUGUCGGCUGUGCUUUCCAGGCACCGAAUUAUAAAUUCGGGCUUGAAAUUACGCCUGUGAAGAGCUCGCGAAAGGACAAUGUGCAAACUAUCCGCAUCGGCAAUGAUGUUGGUGCAGUUACUCCCGUAGUUUACUGUCCUAGCCACAACAGCGCGGCCUCUUCUCUCCAUGAGCUUGGUGAAUUGACUGGCAAUGAUGGCAUUAAUGCUCUCCAGCUAUUCGCCCAGACAUACAAGCAGGCCGACCUCACUCUCACGGGAACUUCUAGAAAGGCAGCAUACGUGCAGCAAUCAGUUUCAGUUCCUCCACAGCAUCAUGCCAUUAAUGCUGGACACCGUCGGGCUUCAACAAGCACUGGGCAGCCUCCAGCUCAGAAAGAUCACCAGAAAUCACACCCACUUGGCGGUGAGGAUGGAGCGGAUGAAAUGGAUAUUGAUACGGAGGAGCGCCCUGCAGCAGCACCGCCUGCAAAACAUGCCCCGACAAAUGCAACAGUGACGACCCGGAAAUGUGUGCGUUGCAGCAGUGAUUACAGUCCUCGGUGGUGGCCGAGCGGACGACACCUAGUACAACGAGGACCCUUGUCAAAUGGAAUGAACCAAGGCUUUCAUUCUCACCAUCAUGGGCAAGGUCCCUUUGGACACAUGAAUGGUGAUUCAGGAGAACAAGGCUACGAAUGUCACAAAUGCCAUUUGAAGAACCCUCCGCCACCACCUGAACCAGCUCCAGCUCCUGAGCCUCGACCCUCACCGUAUCCCGCACAACGUCCUAUGCUUCCGACUCCGAGCAUGGGUCACCAAUUCGUGCCGCACAAUCAUUCCGCUGCUCCUCCUCCACCUUCCGCCCCCGCUCCUCCACCCGCUGGUGUUCUCGGCCGGCCUAUGCCUCAGCCUCACCCGCAUGGUGCUCUUCCAGGGUAUCCUCCGCGAUACGAGCAACGACCUCCUCCUCCAGGAGGGGAUCCCAACUUGCGCAAUGGCAUGUCGCCUCCUGCGUAUCCCGCGACAGUCCCGCCUCCUCAUCAUAUGGCCAACUAUCCUCCACCACAUCACCCUCAGAGCCACCACCCUAUGCCCCCAUCACCAGCGCAUUACCCCCCAGCUGGUCCCCCGCAGCCACAACCGUACCAGACGCAUCAGAGUCCGUAUGGUCCAGUCUCACGUUCACCGCACAUCUCGCAGCCCCCACCUCGACCAUACGCGGCCUCUGCCUCUCCACCCAUCGUGCAGGCGACAGUCAACCGAUCACCACAGACCUCAUUGAGUGCUCUGAAUGGUGGCCCGCCGCCGCGAAUGUACGCAGUUGAACGUCUGGGAGGUCCCUCUCACUCACCGCCAGUGGUACAGGCCCGCCUUGAUCCACGCGGUCCUACGCCACCCGUUCGGCCUGAAGAUACUCCUCCAUCUCAUCUGGGAGGUCUCCCGAAUACCAGUCGACCGCACUCAGGUAUCAACGGAACCAAUACUGGGUCAGGAGCGAGUGCGAGCCCUUCACUGAAGAAUCUCCUUUCUUGA